UUUUUUUUUUCUUUCUUAUUUUCUACCAAACAUGACCUACAGACAUUGGAUGUUCUUUCAGAAUCAGAACAACAUACUGGGCACUCUAAAAGCCGCCAACGCCAUUGUGAACUUAGCGCCUGCAGCUAACGACGACAGAAACAACCAACAGAAUGUAUUAAUGCCACCUAAAGAGGUUGCCAUGGCAGCGUUUGUUGGGUCUAACAAAAUCCAGAGUGUCGCCCCUGCUCUACCAGCUAAUAUUGUGCAUGAAAGUAACAAAGAAAUACCGAAUGCGGAGGGAGUAAACAGUAAUAGCCUGAAGAACAUUAACAGCAGUAACAAUAUUGAUAAGGAUAAUAAUGCUCAUCAUUGAGAACCAGCAUAGAGUAGAGAGGGUAUUUGCUGAAACCGUUGCCCAAUUUUGAUUCCCGGUUGGAACUAUUUCACUUCAUUUACAUCACUAAUGACCUUGAAAGGCAUGAAUAUCACUACUUCCCAUAUUUCCCUAUCACCCACUAAAAUCUCUCAGCCUUUGUAACAAACUGUUAUUCUGUUAUUUUUUAUCAUCUUUUAAAAACAAAUAAACAAAAAUUAACCAUUUUCUCCUUUUUUACGUUAAAAAAAUUUGUUUCCUGCUUUUUUUUCUUUUUUUCUUGAAGCUUCUCUUUUCUUAUAAAUAAAUAAAAAAAAAGCUUUUACUUAAAUAAAUAAAUAAAAAUAAACCUUUUGGGACAACUAAA